AUGAGUGCUGCGGAUCAAGAACAAUUUACAGUGAUGGAAGCCACGCCUGAUGAUGGUACAGCUUUCCUGCAUGAGUCGGUUUUGAAUGGUGAGGACGAAACUACAAACCACACUGAAGACAGCGGGCGUCAAGGAGUCACAGAAGAUGGCCCAAAGGACACAGGCGACUUGGGUGAGCAAGGCAGGGACGAUGAGGAUAAUAUAGAGGAAAACAGCCGUGUAGAGGCGGCAGAGAGGAAACGUAAGCAUAUCAGCGCAGACCUCUCGGAUGACGAAUUAGAAAAGGAGGCACAUAAUAACCAAAGUUCUCAACCAGCGGUAGAAAAUAGAAUUAAUAUGGAUAGGGAUUCUAGUGCCACUCCAACCAGUAGACAGGAAUUGGAAGAAAAACUGGAUCGUAUUUUGAAGAAACCCAAAGUGAGAAGAACGAGGAGGGAUGAAGACGAUUUAGAACAGUACCUGGACGAAAAAAUCCUAAGACUUAAAGACGAAAUGAAUAUUGCGGCUCAACUGGACAUCGACACGUUGAACAAGAGAAUUGAAACUGGCGAUACUUCUUUGAUUGCCAUGCAAAAAGUCAAGCUAUUGCCUAAAGUAGUAAGCGUACUGUCAAAGGCGAACUUGGCUGACACUAUAUUAGAUAAUAAUCUCUUACAAAGUGUCCGGAUAUGGUUAGAACCGUUGCCAGACGGAUCUCUGCCAUCUUUUGAGAUCCAAAAAUCGCUUUUUGCAGCUUUAAAUGACCUACCAGUAAAAACUGAGCACUUAAAGGAGAGUGGUCUAGGAAGAGUGGUCAUCUUUUACACGAAAUCUAAACGUGUGGAAGCGCAACUAGCUAGGCUGGCUGACAAGUUGAUUGCCGAAUGGACAAGGCCAAUCAUCGGGGCUUCCGAUAACUAUAGAGAUAAGAGGAUUAUGCAACUAGAGUUUGAUUCUGAAAAAUUGAGAAAGAAGUCUGUUAUGGAUUCUGCCAAAAAUAGGAAAAAGAAGAAGUCUAAAUCCGGUGAAGACUCCACUUCACGCGGAUCUUCAGUACAAACUCUAUACGAACAAGCUGCCGCAAGGAGGAACAGAGCUGCUGCACCUGCACAAACUACCACUGAUUACAAGUAUGCUCCUGUAAGCAACAUCAACACAGUGCCUACGAACGCGAGGGCCGUUGGUGUUGGUUCCACCUUAAACAACAGUGAAAUGUACAAGAGAUUGAGUUCGAGAUUAAACAAGAAGCACAAAUAA